UCAUCUUCCACAGCUUCAUCUUCUACAGCUUCAUCUUCUACAGCUUCAUCUUCCACAGCUUCAUCUUCUACAGCUUCAUCUUCUACAGAUACACCUUCCUCAUCAUCUACCGCUACUUCCGCCUCAUCCUCUACAACUACAUCUUCUACGACGUCUGAGACGAUGUCCGCCUCAUCUUCAGGCGCUCUAUUGAAUCUAUUGAAUCAGAUCAAUGGGGUCUCGUCCUCUCCAACUUCUGCAGCUACGUCGGCCUCAAGCUCUAGCACUACAUCUUCGUCUGACACACCUUCUGCAUCGUCUUCUAGCACAACGUCUUCCGAUUCGAGCAGCACAUCGCCAUCCUCAUUAUCGACUACAUUUAGUUCAUCUUCGUCAACUGUCUUGUCGUCUUCAUCGUCUUCCAGUAGCUCCUCCUCCUCCUCCCUGAGCAGCUCAUCCUCCUCUUCCUCUUCCGGAACUUCUUCGUCAUCGUUUUCCAGCACAUCUUCCACGUCCUCAGCGGCAUCACCUAGCGUCAGCAUUUCCAAGAACGGGGAUUUUUGCGGAAGGCUGUGGGGCUCAAAGUGCUCCCCAGACAAGUGCUGUACUGCCGGCGGGUUUUGUCUCUCAAACCGUGGGCUAGGUGGCGGAAUUAGUGUGCUAUGUAUGGGUUGCCAGACAGACUACGGUGGUCCCUGUUCCUAAUGCCGACGGCACAAGGAAGAAAUAGUGCGGAAGAAAAGAAAAUAGAAGAAGAAAAGGGGUUCACGGUUAGGGUUUCAAACUUCGCAGCAGAGACGUCAUCUUUGAAUGUCUGGUCCGCUGAGGAGUUUCGGGGAAGGGUGAAAGAAUUAGCGUCCAAUUUUGGUGUAGCAAGCGCAAUAUAGUUCAUAAUGUAAUCAAAAUAUGCAA